GACACUGGAGUUCCUAAUGAGACACUUAGCUCGCCUAGCUGAUUACUGCUCCAUCACAAAUAUGCACACUAAGAACUUAGCAAUCGUUUGGGCUCCAAACCUCCUAAGGUCGAAGCAGAUCGAGUCUGCCUGCUUCAGCGGAACGGCUGCCUUCAUGGAGGUGCGGAUCCAGUCGGUCGUUGUGGAAUUCAUCUUGAACCACGUAGACGUCCUCUUCAGUUCCAAACUCAGCUCAGUCAUACGAGAUGGGGCAGGGCACAGCUCUCUCUCACGGCCCAAGUCUCUCUUGGUGUCCUCGCCUUCCACAAAGCUGCUCACGCUGGAGGAGGCGCAGGCACGGACACAAGCCCAGAUCAACUCCCCCAUCGUGGCAGACAGCAAAUACAUCGAAGUGGGAGAAGGCCCUGCAGCUUUACAGGGGAAAUUCCACACGGUCAUAGACUUCCCUUCAGAGAGGAAAAGGCCGCCCAGCAAGAUGAAGAAAUCGCCGGUUGGCAGCUGGCGUUCCUUCUUCAACCUGGGGAAAUCAUCGUCCGUGUCCAAACGCAAACUGCAGCGCAACCCCAGCGAGCCCUCAGAAAUGAAAGCCAUAGCCCUGGCAGGUGGACGAGGAGACAGCGGGACUCUUCGCUCAGCUAAAAGCGAAGAAUCGCUCACCUCUCUGCACGCUGUUGAUGGUGAAUCUAAGCUGUUCCGACCCCGAAGACCUCGCUCCAGUAGCGACGCGUUGUCCGCUUCCUUCAACGGAGAGCUCUUAGGAAACAUGAAUCGCUGCAAUUCUUACGACAACCUGCCCCACGACAACGACAGCGACGGGGACGAGGGGCUCAUCCAUGUUCCUGCCCUGAUUUCUCCUCGAUCUUCCGAAGACGUUGACCUGAGCCCACCCGAUAUCGGAGUCGCGAGCCUGGAUUUCGACCCGAUGUCUUUUCAGUGCAGUCCCCCCCAAGCCGAGUCCGAGUGCCUGGACAGCAGCACCUCCCUGAUGGAGUCCGUCGGCGUCACUAAGGAGAAGCCAAGCCUGCUCAAGAAGGAUUUAGAAUCAGGCAGCCAGUCCCAGACACCAGGCAGUGCCACAAGCUCUGAGCCAGUCUCCCCUUUCCAAGAGAAGAUGAGUCCUUUCUUUACUCUGGACCUGAGCCCAACCGAAGAGAAGGCUUGCAAACCCCACGCCUUCUCGCCCAAGGCGGGGCGAAAACCCGUCAAAUCGCCGCCGCUGCCCGCGUCGGAACCCGUCUCCUUCGUGCUGCCCGGCGGCCGCGCGCCAGAAGCCGUCGGAGGGGUGCCCAUCCCGCCCCGAAACUCCUCCGCUUCCAGCUGGAGCAAAGGCAUCACUGAAAUCCCAAACAGGUCCCCCACCCAGAUGUCCUUGCCCCUGAAAAACAGUGACACAGGAGCAGGGGAAGGAGCCCACCAAGAGCUACAGCAUGCCCAGCUAGUGGCUGGGGGGAAGUUGCCAGAAGAAGGGGAGAGACCAAUGUCAAGCAGUCAGAAUAAGACUGUACCCACUGGACACACACAGCCAGGAGCAGUUGCCCUCGACUCCCCCCAGGAUCCUGUUCCCGUCAGUUCUGUGUCUCUUAUCCCUCCUCCUCCUCCGAAAAAUGCAGCGCGCAUGCUAGCCCUAGCGUUAGCCGAGUCCGCACAGCAAGCAUCCGCUCAGUCUCAGAAAAGGCCAGGAGAUGCUCAUUCUGAAAGCACAAAUUACGGAGAGGCUGAAGCUGGCACAGCUCUAGAAAAGCUCCAUCUCUCCGCUGGUGCUCCAGACAAGCUCCACCCGUAUACCGGGCUGCCCGAGAACCGACUUCACUUCCAGACCGGGGCACCGGUAGAGCAGGAAUUCCAAGGUAGCGGCACACCCGGCGAGCAGAACCACCCGCCGGGCGCACCGGGGAAC